AUGUCUCUUUUUUCCUACGUGAGGCAAUUCAUAUUUUUUUUUUUCUACCCAAAUCAGUUUAUAUCUUUUUUUCAUAACCGAGUCAGUUCGUAUCAUUUUUUUCCUACCCGAGUCAUUUCAUAUCGCUUUUUUCCUACCCGAGUCAGUUCAUAUCUCUUUUUUUUCCGAUCUGAAUCAGUUCCUAACUCGUUGCUGGCCAUAUUCUUUUCACAUUUCAUUGCCUACCCGAUUCUUUUCACAUUUCAUUGCGUACCCGAUUCUUUUCACAUUUCAUUACCUACCCGAUUCUUUUCCCAUUUCAUUGCCUACCCGAUUCUUUUCACAUUUCAUUACCUACCCGAUUUUUUCACAUUUCAUUGCCUACCCGAUUCUUUUCACAUUUCAUUGCCUACCCGAUUCUUUUCACAUUUCAUUACCUACCUGAUUUUUCUCACAUUUCAUUGCCUACCUGAUUCUUUACACAUUUCAUUGCCUACCCGAUUCUUUUCCCAUUUCAUUGCCUACCUGAUUCUUUUCACAUAUCUUUGCCUACCUAAGCCUAUUCAUAUCUUUCUAUCUACAGUUGACUCUCUCCACAUCAUGCUGCUUACCCAGUUGAUUUCAUAA